UGGCCUUCGGAGCGUUCAGGACCCUCCGUUCUCGGGCUGCUCCUCCCCCGCGCUCCCGGCUACGGAUUCUCCCUCCGCGCUUUUCUAUCGACUCGCUCGGCUUUCUCCCUGCUUCCCUCCUGUCCGCGAAACGAGCCUCCUCAAGUGCGUUCGAUGCGCUCCGUGCUCGUCCGCGCCUUCUCCUGACGGAACGAUGCCCUGGGCGCUUUCUUUGACCACUCGAACUUCUCGACGCUCUUCUCUCAGUGCCUGUCUCCUAGCAGAGGGACCGGAAGUGGCUCGGGGAGGGGAGGGGGGCUCGGUCCCUCCUCAGGUGAAGGCGCUGCUGAUGGAGCCGCCGUUGCGGAGCAAUUGAGCCCCCCUCCAGCGCCCCCCACCCCCCUCCCAGAGGCUGGGCCGGGGGGGCCCUCCCCACAGUGAGACCGCUGGGUCUGGCGCCCCCCAACUCAGAUCAUAGGGCAGAGAGAGAGAGACUUGCCUCAGGCAAUCUACAGUUCAUGGUAGAGAGAAGAUUUGAACCAGGAACAUCUGAUUUGUAGCUCAGACUUCAGGCUGCUAUGCUACACCAGUUCUCCAAGGAGUACUUUGUUGCUAACAACCAUGUGAAACCAUAACACUACAGCUGCUAUUGUAUUCCAGGUCUAUCUGAGCUUUGUUUCUCAUGAAUGGUACUGAUUAUGCAUUGACAGGUGAGGCAGUGGGACUACAGAAUCAAAGCCUGGGCACAGUAAUGGACUGGAGGAUGGCCCACAAGCUGACCUUUAAUCCAGGCAAUAGAAAUAUCGUUAGUAAUUGCCCCACUGCCCAGCACAGUGUCUUAAAGAUGGAUAUAGAGGACUGCAAUGGACGCUCUUACAUAACUGGUAAUGGAGAUUCCUCUUUGGAGAAGGAGUUCACCUCCACAAUCGUGGGGCCGUCAGUGAGCACACCAAACAGCCAACACUCCUCACCAAGCCGCUCCCUUAGUGCAAAUUCUAUCAAGGUGGAAAUGUACAGCGAUGAAGAAUCAAGCCGGCUGCUAUCACAUGAUGUCCGGCUCAUUGAAAAAGAAGAGAGUGUGAUUGUUGAGGAUUCCCUCUCUGAGCCCCUUGGCUACUGUGAUGGGACAGGACAGGAGCCACAUUCCCCUGGCGGCAUCCGGCUACCCAAUGGCAAGCUGAAAUGUGACAUCUGUGGGAUGGUGUGCAUUGGCCCAAACGUACUGAUGGUGCACAAACGCAGCCACACUGGUGAAAGACCAUUCCAUUGCAAUCAGUGCGGUGCAUCCUUCACCCAAAAGGGUAACCUCCUGCGCCACAUCAAGCUGCACUCGGGUGAGAAGCCUUUCAAAUGUCCCUUCUGCAACUAUGCCUGCCGGAGGAGAGAUGCACUCACUGGUCACCUCCGCACACACUCAGUCUCCUCGCCCACAGUUGGCAAGCCCUACAAAUGUAACUAUUGUGGCCGCAGCUAUAAGCAGCAAAGCACGUUGGAAGAGCACAAGGAACGCUGUCACAACUACCUGCAGAGUCUUAACACUGAACCACAGUCGCUGGCUGGCCAGCAAGGUGACGAGAUGCGAGAUUUGGAGAUGGUGCCGGACUCCAUGCUUCACUCCUCAGCCGACCGGCCAACCUUCAUUGACCGACUGGCAAACAGCAUCACCAAACGAAAACGCUCCACACCUCAAAAAUUUGUGGGAGAGAAGCAGAUGCGGUUUGGCCUCUCCGACUUGGCAUUUGAUGUCAACUCCAGCUUUGAGAAGGACGUGGAGAUGGUCGCUUCCCACCAUCCCAUGGACACUAGCUUUGGUGGUUCCCUCUCGUUCGUGGGGGCAGAACACUUGCGUCCUCUCAGACUGCCACCCACAAACUGCAUCUCUGAGAUCACGCCUGUCAUCAGCUCUGUCUACACUCAAAUCCAGCCCCUCCCAGGCAGGCUGGAAAUAGCAGGAAACCGGGAAGCUGCUGCUGAAGUCCAUGAGGAUCUUCCAGAUGGGACACAGAUUGUAUACCGGGCAUCACGGGAGCCGAGCAUGGUUUCACCUAGCAAUGGUUGCCAGGAUUCCACAGAUACUGAGAGCAUCCACGAGGAGAGAGGCUCACAGCAGCCGCUGCUGCCCGGCGUUGGGAACUGCACCAGCAGCCGGCAGAGUCCGGCCUACGCCAAAGAGGACCCAAAACUGCAGGAGGGCAUCAUCCCCACCACUACUCGGUCAACUCCCAGCUCAGCCAAAGAAGCCCUGCGUGUGGUGAAUGAUGAUGGGGAACAGGUAAAAGCUUUCAAAUGUGAGCACUGCCGGAUCUUAUUCUUGGACCACGUCAUGUUCACCAUCCAUAUGGGCUGCCACGGCUUCAGAGACCCUUUUGAAUGCAACAUCUGUGGCUAUCACAGCCAAGACCGGUACGAGUUCUCCUCCCACAUAGUGCGAGGGGAGCAUAAGGUAGGCUAGCCCCACACCCCCUCUUCCCUCUGGUCCCACACUCCGUCUCACUAGUACUCCAUCCUGGUUAGGCAUGGAACUGUCCAUUCUUUUGUACUCCUUUGCACUGACUUUGGCUAAAAAAGAGAAAUAUAAAAAAACCCUAACUUUAAAAAAAUCCAACAAACUUGAGAUGGGGAGGAGCUCAUAACAUUUUGCCUUUUCUGUGCGGUGUUAUUUAAAUACUGUUAAUCAGUUUUAAAAUUCUUUUGUGCUUUUCUCUCCCAUGUAGUUAUUUAUUAAUCUUUAUUUUUCUCUUUAGUUUGUUGGUAAGCCUUUCCAUUCAGUCAUUUUGCAGGGACCCUCUCCACUGAGGGGUAUGUAAGGCGCUGGUAUACUUCAGCAAUGUACUUGUUGUCAAGGUCUAAGUCUCUUCCUCCUCCUCCUCCUCCACUUAAAGUUUAUUUGGGCUUCUUUUUGUUUCAGUUCAGGUGUCUCUGUCAAGGCACCAUGUUAGACAUAAAGAACCUCAGAUCAGGUGCUAACACAUUAUAGAACUUCCCCCGUUCAAGGGGCUAGGAAAGCCACGGCUUGAGUUGGUAGAUGUCAGACUGAACCGCAUAUGCCCUCUUUUAUGGGUGUCUGUGAAAUGGAGAUGGAAAGGUAUCCUGCUAGGAACCCUGUGGGCCCAAGAUCGCAAUACCUCUGUGCUUCUGCUUGCAACAGCUUUCACGUGAAAUGUGCUUUCUCCUGUCUUGGGGCCAAGGUGGGGUGGUGGAUUUUGCAACUGGUGAAGAUGAAGGGGCUGCAGCGCCACCUACAUGAAGGACGGUGGUGAGCACUUUGUAAAAGAGUUUGCUAGCAUGCUGCCUUUCAGAGUCAGCUGGGGAUCGGCAUGAGGAAAGCAGAUGCUGUUUCCAGGAUGCAGUGAAGGAGUCUUAGCAUGUUAAUGCUUUGCAUUAACAAGCGGCUAUGUUCUGUUUCCUGAGCUGUUAAGAAUCUGGGAUGUCCUCCUGCAUGAACAUAUUUGGCGUCCCUGUUAGUCAGCCAGAAGGGCUGUCUGAGCUUUCAUCCUUAGCUCUUAAAGAGCCAUUCUUAUUGCAGGCUUUGGGAGGCAUAAGCCUCAGCUCUUAGCUGGGUGUAUGUCACUCAGCUAAGAAUCCUAUCCCCUAAAACAUGCUCCUUCAGCAUACAGGAAGUUGUAAACAUGACGGUGUUGCCCAGAAUCUGAUUCCGAGGAGUCACUGUCAAGGUAAGAGGCAAGGAAGAUGCCAGUGCGAGCCUCUAUGUAGUCAUCUUAGCAGCCUUGCUUGCUAGUGAGAAUUGUUUUGGGGUCAGCUAAGCAGUUUCCUGCAACGGCUAGAACCCAGCGGUUCAUGCCCUACCACUUCCUCUUGUUGUUCCCACGCCUAACAUCUGUCUGUUCAGUCAUUCUUCCCAGAACUGGUUUUCACUGAGCAAGGUGAGAUUUGACAGCCUGGCUUCUGCUGGUAAUGCCUGCCGCUGUUUGCACAGAUCAGUCAGGAGCCUUAUGGAAUGAUGCUCAGAAAGCCUGCCCUUUUGGGGCCCCUUAGCAAGAACUGACAUUAGCAACCAUGAACUAGAAGGUCUGUGACUUGUGGUUCCAUGGAAAGCUACAUACUGUAGCCAGGCAGAGAAGAGAAUGGCUUCUAGGCUGAUUUGCUGUAACAGCAUAGGACAAGAGGUAUAGAGUGGUCUUCCCUGACCCAGCGCCCCCCUGCAAGUGUUGGCUUGCAACUUCCAUAAUUUCCCUGGUGGCUCACUGGAAAUUGUGGAAGUUGCAUUCCUACACAUCUGGAGGACACAAGGAGGAGGCUGGUCCAGAGCAACUGCUAGCAAAAUCCAGCCAACCAGGGUUGACAUUGGUUCCCCAAGGUGCCAGAGAGGGCCAGUAGCUUUGCAUAUUUUAGUGUCUUAAAACCAUGACUACCGUGAAGGGCUGAUACAUCCAUUCUCUUGUGUGGUUGAAGAUUGGUGCUGGUACUGGACCAUAGGCAAGGUGGUAACUCCACUUGUCACACUUAUGUAGUCAUUCCUACCAAUCAAAGUUGAAAUCUGGGUGCUCCUUGCUCCUGAGAAAAUAAAUCACCAAGUUAGAAGGCAUUUAUGCUGAGGCAACAGAACUUGGGAGUUUGCCUUUCUCCAAGGCUUGGCCCUUCACUUCAGCCUGCUAAAAAAACUUACCUGACAGAAAGGUAUGACUAUUAAAACUGUCUUUCUAGUCUUAGUUGGGAAAACGAUAUGGUGAGGAGGAAAGUGCUGAUGGUUUUAAGUAAACGCCCAUAAUGCAUAAAACUUGCUCAACAGCAGCAAAACUGCUUCCUUGUGGGAUAAACCAAAGGCUGUACUUUUUCUACUAAAACAAAAAAAAAAAAACAAGAACCUCAAGUUACAACAUUGUGCUCAUGUUCACCUCUUUAUUCCUUUCUGAGAUGUGAAAUACUUUUUUUUAAGGCCAGACAGACUUGCUUAACUGGAAAGGCCUUGUCAAAUGGGAUUUUUCUGCAAAUUAUUUAAGGAGGGAUGGGGAUACACCUCCUUUUUAAUAGUUUUACUCCACUGUCUUACCACACUUCUUAAAAGCUCUUAGCUUUUCUGGUACAAAGUCACUUUUCCCCUUCUUCUCUCUCACCUAGCAUAUGAAUGGUAUCCUAUAAGCUCAAAAGAUGUUUUGAGCUGGUCCCAGCAAUGUAUAUUGUCACUUCAGCAGAUGAGGAGAGAAUGGGCUAUUAAAUAGAUUAUCAUUGUGCAAUACAGAUGAAACAUGUUGGGAGACUUUGCCAAAUCGCUAAUGUUAGGGGGGCUUAAGAGUCAAGUUCUUGUAGUUUUCAAUGAGGAUUGUACUUCUAAUUUUCUGAAAUUUCGUAAGCCUUUGAGUAAAGGAUUCUGAUUUUUUUAAAGCACUCAUAUCUCCUAUUGAUGUACAUUAAAGUAUUCAACACUUUUUGUGAUUGUUAAUCCAAAGGAUCCAUUCACUUAACAUAGUUUUCCUACAGUAAUUCCCCAAACUUGGAUAUUUAUUAAAGUGUGUUGUAUGAAUCAAACUGCCCGCUGGUGACUCUGUGGAUGGCAGUUCUGCCCUGGGCAUUGUCAUGGGGAGGGUAUUGUCUCCUGUGAUUCUCCCCAUGAUUUCCUGUGAUUGGAAAAAGUCAUGCACACCAGCCCUUAGGCAUUAUACUUUUGAAUGUUUUAUCUUUAUGCUGCCCUAAAGGUUAAUUUUUUCUACUAGAGAUCUUACAAAGAUGAAGGCUUUGGUCAGAUUACCGCCAGUAGUUUGGUUAGAUAACAACUAUGUUGAAUGAACGAACUCAAGGUGUUGUGCAAGGUGUUCUGUUUGUGCCCCUCAAAAUUUGAGAGCUCUUUUUGCAGUUACUUUUAAAACACACAGGCAGGCUCUCGGGAAAGUUUGUCCAUAGAGCUGCAAACAGGAUGUAGGAUAUUGAAUGUAUACUUAUUACAUGUAAUAAAAUAAUUGAUCAUUGUUUUCCAAAGUAAAACAUUUGCUGCUCACUCAGUGACUGUUUUGGCUCAUUUUGCAAGUAUGUAGAAAUGUUUUUUAAAAACUGCUUGAGAACAAAUUAUCAACAUAUUUUUCCCAGGGACAGCCUAAUAGGCCAGUAUUUUAAAUUCUUCUUAUAGUCUAUUUCUGGGAUUAUCCUUACAAAAGUUACAUGAUACAGCCUGUUCAUAUAACUGCAUUUGGAGAAAGGCUUAAAAAUGGUCACCUGAGCACCAGUGUUACAAUGGUAUUAGUUCUCUGCAAGAUGAUAUUUGCACGUCUUUAGAUCCAAGCAGGUUUGUGUAUAAAGAGUAAUGAGAAUAGCAGUCCCUAAACUCAGUUGUGUGAAUGCUUCUUUUCAGUGUGGAUUUAGAUCUAGGUUAGAUAUACAAGAGCUAGUCCCACAUUUUAUGGGUAGACCGUAUUCCUUUAGGAUCUGACAAAUAGCACUUGUCCUCCAGGUACAUAAAGCUUUCUUGACCUUUUAAGGCCUCUGCUCCAACAGAUUUGGAGUAAAAUCUGUUUAUCUUAACUGGAAAGCAUUAUUUUGUCCAUAAUACCAAAGUGUAACAAAAUGGGUAGUUACAAAACUCUUUAGCCAAACCCCCAAAUUGUCUAACAUUGCAUGGAAAGGGUGUAAUUCCUCCCUCCCCUGCAGCUUAGACAGAAAUAAUUAAAUCUGUGUUUAUGUAGCCAGUCUUUAAGCAGAACUGGAGAUAAAGCCUACAGCAACAUUUGCAUCUAGUUUCUUUCCAAGUAAUAAAUCAGCUUAUAGAGCUCUGAAAAAUUAUGCUUAAAAGAGAAAUAACAAGACCUAGUUCACAAAAAAGUGCUAACUUAUGGCUCAUUGGCCUACCUGGGAGAUCAGUGGGAGAUCAGUGAACAAACUGUGGAUGUUUUUUCUUCAUUCCUGGAGCUGUUUGUUUCCUCCUCCUUCACCUACUCCCUCUCUGCAUCCUAAAUGCCUUUGUGGUACUCUAGUACUGGUAGUUUUGUAGAGUUGCUGAGGGCUCUCCUUCCCCUCCUCCUUUUACAGCACUUUCCUAACAUCUUUUAUCCUGGUGAAACAACUCAUGUACAACCCACAGUUCUGGAUUCAUACAUAACCCAUGAGUUUAAAAACCCAGAGUUCAUAGCCCAACCAGUCAUGGGUUCUCUUUCUGGGUUAACUGGAUUCACACAUCACUACAACCCAGAAUUUAACAACCUCAUAGGUUAGUGUUAUGUACACAGUCCAAGAGUAUAGAGUUUUGCUAUGAAUCUGCUUUUUAAAAAAUUCUGAAUUCUAGAGGGGAUUCUCACUGUACUUUUACCUUUUCCAUGUAAGAUGAGAAUUCUUUCCAGCUCCAAGAGACAACAUUCUGGGAAGAUGCAUCAUUUUUUCCAACACAGAGACUAAUAUUGCUAUCAAACCUGUGUAAAAAUAGCCUGAAUGGCUGUCCAGAUAUGCUUGUUAUAUUGAUGUAUUUGUCAAGAAGUAGAAGCAUUUUGGCAUAUGAGAUAGGGAAUAAAACAUGCUUGUGACAUUUUCCUUGUUACAUUUUUACAUAAUUUUCCCUGAUACAGGUAUGAAACUUUGACACAUGCAGAACAUUAAUAGGGGAAUCAGCUUUCAUAGUUGGAUACUGACACCUUGAAAGCCAAAGAUGGCCCUUGGGUGCUUGGCUUCAUUCGACAGACAAACUGAUAAAUUAAAGCACCUAAAGUGUCAUUUUUACUGUUGCUUUUUCUAAAAAAACAAAACAAAACAAAAAAGAUCCCUUUGUGCCUCCAUAUGAGCCCACAUUCAGAUGUUUUUCUUAAUUUACUACUUUGUUUUUUGGGGGAGUAGACCUCUUAUCUGCAGGAACCUUUUGAUUUUUUUAAUGGACAUUUUAAGGAGUUCUAGUGCUAAAAUGAAGAUGUCCAGAAUAUCACUAUUAAACUGUAUUUACUGCACUGUGGAAUGGUACUAAACUCUCUCUUAACCCUGCUUCUGUGAUGAACCAGGGAGCAAGAAUCCUGUUUUGGACUUCACAUCUUACCUCCUGCUGUCCCCUUUUGUGAAAAUGAAAACAGGUUUGUUUUUAGAGAAAUAACGCUCUGAAAUUUCUAAGAAACCAGUAUUCCAUGUUAUUUUUGCUUUCACCUGUAUGAAGAGCCUAAAAACAAAUGUAGGAAUUUUGUAAAACUCCAGGUCUCUUUAACUUGUGUAAAUAUAUAUAUUUUUUAACCAGAUGUAUGAAGAACAAAAAGAUGUGCAAUAUCCCCAACCUGCCACAGUAUCCUUUUCUCCUUUCUAACAAGCUUUCAUUUGUAUAUUGUUAAUUGGGUUUGCUGGUGUUGCGCUCUUUUUCCCCCUCUUUUUUUGGGCGGGGUUAAACUUGCUUUUAAAUAAAAAGAAAAACCUCUUACUGCAAAAGCUUUUUUGUAUCUGUAAUAUAUUGUAAGUACAUAUUUGUGUAAUGGAGAUUAUACUACUGUUAAGUUUUGUACUGUACUGGCUGAAGGUCUGUUAUAAAUAAACAUGAGUAAUUUAACA